AUGGUAAUUUAUGAGGAAGAAAAGGAAGAUGGAGAAGAAAAAACAGUAGAGGCUGAAACUAGAGAAAAUUCAAGGGAAACAGAAGACACAGUCAGAAUAGGGGAAGUGGUGGAGCUAUCCCUGAAUUCUGUGGUGGGGUUAACACCUCCACAGACCAUGAAGAUCAAGGGAGAAAUUGAUGGCCAAGAAGUAGUGGUCUUAAUCGAUAGUGGGGCUUCUCACAACUUCAUAGCUGCUGAACUGGUGCAGAAGCUGGGGUUGCCUUGGACUCAAACAAGAGGUUAUGGAGUGAUCAUGGGGUCGGGCAUGGCUGUUCAAGGGGCUAGAGUGUGUAAGGGGGUUACUCUGUGGUUGCAAAAUGUUGAGGUAGUUGAGGAUUUCCUACCAUUAGAGCUAGGAAGCUCUGAUGUAAUUCUUGGAAUGAAGUGGCUAGCCACGCUUGGGGAGACUCAAGUAGAUUGGGGUUCAUUGGUUAUGAAGUUCAGAUCGGGGGGUAUGACAGUCACACUACUUGGGGACCCCAGCCUCAGCAAAACAUUGGUAACUUUGAAGUCGAUGAUGAAGGCUUUUCGAGAAAACGGAGAAGGAGUGUUGUUGGAGUUGAGAAGUUUGACAGCUGAAGAAAAGAAGGGAGAAGAGGUGGUUCCUGGGGAAUUGUAG